UCUCUCUCUCUCUUUUAAGUUUUAACGAAUCUUGUAGUGACUUGUACCACCCCGUCAAACAAUCUCUUUCUUUCGCUGUAGAAAUUCGUCCCGCUCUCCUCCAUCUUCAUUAUAAAUAGCUUCUUUGGUGGUGUCCACAGUUACCAACUCUCCCUCUCUCCAUAAAAAUCUGUCUCACUGAAUCGACUUCUUGAUUUUUGUGCCAAAUUUGCUUUGUUUGGUGUUUGGGUUUGAAUUUCGGGGCACAAGAAAAAAAUUAUGGGUUUUAUGGAUUCCCAGGUCUUGGUGGCUCUGGCACUCUCACUUGUUGGUGGAGCGAGUACUUCCCUUGGUGCACUUUUUGUAAUUCUCAAUCAGGCUCCCAAUUUGAAGAUGCUUGGGCUUUUACAGGGAUUUGCUGCAGGUCUGAUGUUGAGCAUAUCAUUCCUGGAUUUGGCUCACAAUGCCAUAAAUUCUAUUGGCUUCUUAAAAGCCAACCUUUGGUUUUUUGCAGGAGUCAUAUUCUUUGCUAUUGUUGCCAAUUUUAUCCCAGAACCAACACUUGUCCCUGUUUCAGAUGUGAAAAGCAAAAAGAAAACUGGAGAUGAAGGUGGCAAGGACAUUAUGAAAAAGCAUCGCCGCCAAGUUUUAUACAGUGGGAUUAUUACAGCGAUAGGCAUAAGCUUACACAAUUUCCCUGAAGGAAUGGCAGUGUUCCUUGGGUCAAUGAAGGGUCUUCGCGUUGGUGUCAACUUGGCUUUGGCUAUUGCUCUGCAUAAUAUUCCAGAGGGUGUUGCUGUUGCACUUCCUGUUUAUUUUGCUACACAGAGCAAAUGGCAGGCAUUCAAGUUGGCUACGCUUUCUGGUUUUGCUGAGCCUCUGGGUGUUAUAAUAGUAGCCUAUCUAUUUCCAAGCAGCUUGAGUCCAGAAAUUCUUGAGGGCCUACUUGGAUCAGUUGGUGGGGUGAUGGCUUUUCUAACCCUGCACGAAAUGCUGCCACUGGCGUUUGAUUAUGCGGGGCAGAAGCAAGCUGUCAAGGCCGUGUUCUUUGGAAUGGCUUUCAUGUCUGCAAGCCUAUACUUUCUUGAGAUCAGCUUACCCAAGGAGAUGAGCCUGUAGUCAUGGAUGCUGCCUUUUGUUAUUCCCAGUCUCGUACAAUCCUGAACCGCCAUGAUGUUUUUCAAACAGUGCCUGCUUUUUUCAAGUGGCAUUGAAGACCUUUACUGAUGGUCGCAUUGAAGACCUGUACUGAUGGUCAGCAUCAUUUGAUUUCAGCCAGAAGGUAGAGAAGGUAUAGCUGUCUUUGUACCAUCGCAUCUCUUUUCAUUAAGAUAACAGAAAUGUACUUCAUUGUUUGUGUUUUAUUGGAAAGGGGGGAAAAAAAAAAGAGAAAUGAAAAACAAAAUGAAGAUGUUAUGGAACUUGUUCUCUUUAAUAAACUUCUAUCAUCCGUCUCUGCUGGUUUGCAUA